CUCGCCCGGAGCAGCCACGAUGCUCCUGGACGCCGGCCCCCAGUACCCCGCGAUCGGCGUGACCACCUUUGGCACGUCCCGCCACCACUCCGCGGGCGACGUGUCCGAACGCGACGUUGGCCUGGGCAUCAACCCGUUCGCCGACGGCAUGGGAGCCUUCAAGCUCAACCCCAGCUCUCACGAGCUGGCCUCCGCGGGCCAGACAGCUUUCACGUCUCAGGCUCCUGGCUAUGCGGCUGCCGCGGCCCUUGGCCAUCACCACCACCCGGGCCACGUCGGCUCCUAUUCCAGCGCAGCCUUCAACUCCACUCGGGACUUUCUGUUCCGCAACCGGGGCUUUGGAGACGCGGCGGCGGCAGCCAGCGCUCAGCACAGCCUCUUCGCUGCUUCGGCAGGGGGUUUCGGGGGCCCACACGGCCACACGGACGCUGCGGGCCACCUCCUCUUCCCUGGUCUUCACGAGCAGGCGGCGGGCCACGCAUCGCCCAAUGUGGUCAAUGGGCAGAUGAGGCUGGGCUUCUCAGGGGACAUGUACCCGCGACCCGAGCAGUACGGCCAGGUGACAAGCCCACGUUCGGAGCACUAUGCCGCGCCUCAGCUUCAUGGCUACGGACCCAUGAACGUGAACAUGGCCGCGCAUCACGGUGCUGGAGCCUUCUUCCGCUACAUGCGCCAACCCAUCAAGCAGGAGCUUAUCUGCAAGUGGAUUGAGCCAGAGCAGCUGGCCAACCCCAAAAAGUCGUGCAACAAAACUUUCAGCACCAUGCAUGAGCUGGUUACGCACGUCACCGUGGAGCACGUCGGCGGACCUGAGCAGAGUAACCACAUCUGCUUCUGGGAGGAGUGUCCGCGCGAGGGCAAGCCCUUCAAAGCCAAAUACAAACUGGUCAACCACAUCCGCGUGCACACGGGAGAGAAGCCCUUCCCCUGCCCGUUUCCUGGCUGCGGCAAGGUGUUCGCGCGUUCUGAGAACUUAAAGAUCCACAAAAGAACACACACAGGGGAGAAGCCCUUCAAAUGCGAGUUCGAGGGCUGCGACAGACGCUUUGCGAAUAGCAGCGACCGCAAGAAGCACAUGCAUGUGCACACGAGCGACAAGCCCUAUCUUUGCAAGAUGUGCGACAAGUCCUACACGCACCCCAGCUCGCUGCGCAAACACAUGAAGGUCCACGAAUCUUCCUCCCAGGGCUCACAGCCUUCGCCGGCCGCCAGCUCCGGCUACGAGUCCUCCACGCCGCCCACCAUCGUGUCUCCCUCCACAGACAACCCCACCACCAGUUCCCUGUCGCCCUCCUCCUCCGCGGUCCACCACACAGCCGGUCACAGCGCGCUUUCCUCUAAUUUUAAUGAAUGGUACGUUUAAAAUCAGAAGCAAAACACCGAUCAAAACCCUAUUUAAGAGACUGAACACACACGUACGCAAAAUAUAACUGAAAGAUCCCUGCGAAUCAACACAGCUACCCCACUCCACAAUUCUAUUUUUUUGAACUUGCUUGUAGACCCAGGUCCGAGUAAGAGCGAGAGAAAGCACCAAACCUUUCGUUAUCCAACCCCCCCCCCCCCCGCCUUUUUCUUUUUCUUUUUUGGCAAAGGCUUGGUAGAGAAGGGGCUGGAUGGGGGUCGAGGACCAGGCUACGUCUGACCAAAUGCUGACAACCCGGGGGGCCAGUUUCUCGACAGAAUUAGAACAGGCUGUCUGGGCUUCGGCUUGGUUUUUUGUUUUUGUUUUUUUUUAGUUUGUUUUUUUUUUUAGCUUUGCAUUCUUGUAAAUACAGAAUUAUUAGCUUAAAAUUGUACGUUGGAUUCUGUAAAUAGUUAUAU